AUGGACGGCCAGCAGCAGAUAGGCCUAGAAUCCCCAAUCAUCAGGAAGCACCAGGUGAACUUGUCGAUUAAAGACGAACUGGACAUCAUCGCCAAGCUUGAGAAAGGACAAUCGACGGAUGAUUUGGCAAAGUUCUAUAACGUCGAUUCUUCAACUAUCAGAAAUACCAGAUCUUCAAAAUCAGAUAUAUUGAAGCGUAGCUUGGCGCUGGAGCAGUUAAAGCAACCAUUAGAUAGUAAAAGAAUUCGUACAGAAGAAAACAUCCGUGACACAGCGCUAUAUUCUUGGUUCGAGGACGAACGUGCUGCUGGAACACCAAUCUCGGGUAGUUACCUUCAAGAAAAGGCUUUGGAGCUCCACAAAGCGAAAGGACUCGAAGGCGAAUUCAAGGCGAGCAGCGGUUGGCUCGACAAUUUCAAGAAGCGCUAUGGUAUCAGAGAAUUAUUCAUGCAAGGAGAAAAAUUGUCUGCUGAUAGUAUUGGAGCAGAAGACUUCAAAAGUGAAAUGAAGAAUUGCAUCGUAGAAGGAGGCUACUCUUUGGACCAAAUGUACAACGCAGAUGAAACGGCCUUAUACUUCAGAUCGCUGCCACGGAAAACUUUAGCUGCAGGCCACGAAAGACAAGGAGCGGGAUUUAAAGAGCCAAAGGAACGAGUCACGGUCAUGUGCUGCGCCAAUGUGACGGGAUCGCAUAAAAUUACGCCUUUAGUCGUCGGGAAAUUUGCAAAACCAAGAUGUUUCGCUAAGUGUAAAGGAGAAAAUAUUUUGUUACCAGUGAAGUAUACUAGCAGCAAAUCAGCCUGGAUGAACAAAAAAUUGCUCUUUGAAUUUGCCAUCAACGUGUGUAAUCAAAAGUUUAAAAUAAAAGUUGCAAACAGUGUUAAUUGCAUUUUGCAACUAAGGAAAUUCAAACAAAAAAUUCUCUUAGUCGCAAAAUUGCAUUUUUUUGCCAAGUAA